GUAGUAAAUGAUUAAUGGAGGGAGGAGAAAGAGAGGAGUGUUUGCUCCUGUUCUUUUUUCUUCUUCAUUUUUUUUUGAGUUUUUGUCAGUGAGGAACAUUGUUUUUCCCAUUUUCUCCAAAAAUUUCCUUCUUGUUUAAAACCAAGCUUUAGACAGGUUGAUGAGAACAUGUCAGGCUGGAGGUGAAGAAAGACCUCAGGGUGAAAACAAUCAGGAUUUAUCUCCACUCUGUGCUGACCCAUGGCAUCGUUUGUGUGGGAUUGUUUGUUCUGUUUGCUCCCGUGUUUCUGUCUUCUCCUGCUGUCUCUGUGUCACCGCCGGCCCAGAGUACGUUGCUGGACGAGGCUGACUGUCCGAGCAGCAGCCUGGAGACUUUGGGUCAUCAUCUGUCUGAUCCUGGAGCUGCCGCUGCACAGAAACACAAGAGCAUGGAGCAAAGAGGUCAAGCCACCCGAGGCAGACAUUAAGUCAGAUCAGACCUCAGAUGGACCCAGACUUAUCUGUAAGCACACCGCGCUAGCUAGAUAUCUUCUGCAGCACUGUGGCUCUCUGACAAAGUCCAAACUCGCCACCUGGCCCCGAGGAGACCCUCACAUCCAGACGGUGUCCAGCCAGCUGUGGGGACAAGAUGGAGACCACAUACAGUUCACCAGAGACCACCUGUUACUGAAAGACGGGGGGAUCGUGGCUCUGGAUUGGGCCGUGGGGACAAGACUUAGUGAGGUGGUGAUGAAGAGGAAGUUAGACGGGAGGAAGGCACUUGGCUGCUUCACCUCAACACCUCCUGUCCUGCUCCUCAUCCCUCAGUUCUGGGGAGGGAUGACCCCCCACUUAAAGCUGCUGUGCCACCAGGCCAUGCAACAGGGCUUUUACGUGGUGGUGUUUCACCAUCGAGGGAGCGCUGGGUCGCCGCUGACCACGACGAGACUGGCUGAGUUUGGAGACCCGGCUGAUUUGGAAGAGGCAGUGUUGUAUGUCCACAGUCGCCACCCCUCCUCUGCUCUGGUCGCUGUGAGUGAAGGUUCUGGUUCUGGGGUUCUGCUCUCCUACCUGGGUGAGCGAGGUUCCAGCUCCCACCUGACAGCGGCUGCAGCCAUCUCCCCAGUGCUGCUGGGGCAGCUGUGGUUUCAAACCCCCAUGCUUCCUCUUUAUCGCUGGGCCACGCUCUUUCACCGGAAGAUGCAGCUCAGCAGAUAUGAGAGUUCCUUCAGAGGAGUUCUAGAUGUGGACCGGGCCCUCAGCUGCUCCAGCCUCAGAUACUUUGAAGAAGCUCUUUUCUGCUCUCCAGAUAAACUCCAACAGGAAACAUCUCCAGGUGUCUCUUCAAACUCUGGGUCCUCCUCCCUAAGGGGCCUCACACCUGCAGUGGCCUGGAUGCUGGGCGAAAGAGCUUACCCAGUUACAAACUGGGAGAGCUACUGGGAGAGGAACGAACCUCUGAGAGAUGCAGAUGAAGUGGAAGUCCCUGUUCUCUGCAUCUGCAGCAAGGACGACCCUCUCCUUCCACCUGCUUCCACCCUUCCCAUUUCCCUCUUCCUCAGCAACCCUUACUUCCUCCUGUUGUUAACGGACCGCGGAGGCCACUGUGGGUUCUCCCAAGAGGGCAGCGAGCAGAUGCAUGAUGGGAGAACAAUAAAUGAGGAUGAUGGAGGUAUCUGGAGUCAUGCUGUAGUUCUGGAGUACUUCAAAGUGGUUGCCGACUUCCUGAAAGAAGGAGAGAGGGAUGGGGUGAGCUGGAGGAGCCCCGUAGAAAUAACCGGUCAAACUGGGCCAAGAAACAGGAUGAACGCCACAGCGUCUUCACGUCGAAGGAGAGGAACCAUGACAAGGAAACCGAAAGUACAGGUGCCUGAACAGAACCGGGUGGAUGAAGAAGAGAGGAGGAACUUCACCUGGAGGAGGUCCUACACACGCUGAGGACCAAUAACAUCUACCUGUAUUGUUUUAAAGUUUUUCUCAUCUUGUUUGCAUUAAAGAUCUCCCUAAAAAUUC